CAUCCAGAUAUACAGGCUUGUUUGGUUCGACAGAAUGGCCAUUCUAUUCCGCCCCUAUUCCAUGCACUACAGUGACACGUUUGUUUGGUUGAAAUUUGAUCACCGAAUUGCCAUUCCAUGCGGGCUCUAUACGCGUAAACGCUGCAUUACCAUUCAGAGGGUCGGGCAAUGAAUGUCUAUUCAAUGCCUAUUGUAAUAGCUUUUUUUUUUAUUUCAGACGAAAAUCUCCUCCCACUUCCACUCAUCAUUCAGACGAAAAUCUUCUUGGUUUUUUCAUAAAAUGCAUAGAAUACUCUCUGUUUUUGGAUUUUGAGUGUGGCAGAUUUGAGUGUGGUGGAAAAUAUGGAGAAAUCGAUGUCGAAGGCAGAGCUUUCCAAAGAAAUGCGCAUGUCUCCUACCGUGCAACCCAGCGAUUGUGGGAACAGCGAGGCUCUGAUCAAUUAUCAGCGAUUGUUUUGUAAUUGAUUGUCAUGGCGGGCAGAUGCUGCAAGAAGAUUAAACAAUCAGUUAUGUGAUAUUACUAUAAAUUGGGCUAGUGGUUUACAUCAUGCCAAGAAGUGUGAGGCAUCUGGCUUUUGUUACAUCAAUGACUUGGUUUUGGGAAUCUUGGAGCUUUUGAAGUAUCAUGCCCGUGUAUUAUAUAUUGAUAUAGAUGUACAUCAUGAUAAUGUCUCUAAUCAACUUGUUGAAAUUCUAUUAUGACAGGGUUGGUUAUUUGAAGGAUGUUGUUUUGGCAAGGGUAUUAGAUGAGGCCACAGCUGCCAGUCUCAAUUCUAUAAUUCAUUCAAACAAUGCUAUUGUUAUUUCUAUAUUGAAGGAUGAUAGCACCUUCAUUCAAGAAUUGUUUGCUAGGUUGAGAUCACCCACCACAUCUGCUAAAUCAAAGAAAAAUUUGGUAACUGUUGACAUUGGUCUGAAGUUUUAUUGUUUUAUUUUUCAUUUGGUAUAUGAAUAUUUGUUGUUCAAGGUUCUUUUCAUGGGUUUGAAGUAUGGUUUAUUCUGUUUGAUUUGUGCCUGCAAUAAUUUUUCAACUUAUUCUUUUAAUAGGUAUAUUUCCAUCUGUAAAUGCAUACUAUCUAACCUGCAAACUUCUUGUGCUGUUGUUUUUUCUUUGUUUAUUUUUAUUUUUGGUUCAAUGUCGUGUUCUUUACUUAAACUAAAACAUUCAAUGCUUCUCUUAUUGAUAAAUUAGAUCCUGGCUUAGAGGGCGUGAUUACAAACAAAAAUACAUGCACUCUCAAAUAUGAUUCAGGUUGAAUUUUUUAUCAUCUUAAUCACAAACGUUUGCAACUUGUAAAAUCAAGGCAACACACAAGACGUCUAUUAUAUUCGUCCAAACUUGGAAUAAACUCUUGCUGUGAUUAUGAUACAAUUAACCUUCCAGAAACCUUUAUGAUUGCUCAUAUCAGUGACAAUAAAGAACUAUCCUUCUUUUUUUUGGAAAAAAGAAAUGAGUCCGAUUUUACUUGUAGGCUUCUCAGCUAGAAACCCUCACUCGGUUUCUAUGUUUUUUUUUUCUCUUAGUACUAAUUGUAUGCAAUUCUUUAUUUUGGGUAUAGUUUUUAGUUAUAGUAUGUAUUUAGUAUUUAAAGAUAAAGAUAUACACUUAUUCUAUAUGUAAAAGUAAGUUUCUCAACUUCCCAAUGAAAAAGAGACAGUUUAUGGAGCAUUGGACAAAUGGUAGCUUGGGAGACUGAGUUUCCAUUGAUUGCAACUACAAAAGCUUUACAAAUUUUCAAGAAGAGGAGCAAAUGGUUGCAUUUUAUUCAAGUAUAUUCAGUCUAUCGGUAUUCUUGCUUUGUAUUUUCCAGCUUCUAAAAUACAGUCAUUGAUGCAGGGAAGCUUUAUAUGUUCAAUAAUUUUCCAUUAAUAUAUAUUAUAUUAAAAUAGCCUUGUAUUAUCAUAUUUGAUUCUAUAGAAUAUUCUCUGUCAGUAUUUUAAAAGAACCUUAAUGUUAUUCUUUGUGAAUAGAUACUUUCAAUCAAUAUUCUUUAUGAAGUUUGGCACAUGUAAAAAUGAA